AGUUGAUUAAACCUGUCAACUCAGGUGUGCUACUGCUUGAUUGGAACAAACACCUGCAGCAACAUGGCCCUUUGAGGAACAAUUUGGGCACCACAUUUCCUGGUUGCAGUGGAAGCAUGAGACAGUUUUAGUACUUAUCAGGAGGAAACCACAGUACCCAAGGAGAACGCCAACCUCUUCCUCUUUCUUCGGACUUUGUGGAAGAGGGGCUCGGGUGGGGUCCAGGAGGAAAAUUAAUUUUGUUCUAUGUGAAUUCCGUCAGACCAACAAAGGCGGUUGUGACAGCGGCACGACGGCUUUCAUUAAACACAACGCAGAGGCUACACCGGUUACAUGUGUAAGUUGGAGCUCAAACUCAAAGGUCAGAGAAAAUCGAUUAAGAAGGAGAGGACUGCAUGGACUGGGCCUGCUAACUGUGAUCGAUCAUCUCAGCAUCUCAACUAUCAACUGAUACCAACAGGGAAACGGGGGAAAUACAACCCAGAGACAUUUAGCCUUUCCAGAUCUGAGAGGAAGGAGGAGACUGGAGCCAAUCCCAGCGGUCCAUGGGUGAAGGAAGGGAUUAUGUUAAAAAGUACUAAUGACUUCUCAUCAAACUGUGGAGCGAGGGGGUGGGAGGUACAGAAGACGCCAUUAGAGUUUGUGCAGAUCCAGGAUUUUUCUAAUCACUUUCUCCAACAUCAGAGAACAGGUCCAGUAGCACGUAGGUUGGACACUCUGGACUGACCACACUCUGGCCCAUCCAUGGACUUGUGGACUGAUUCUUUGGCUGCGUUGGAAACACGUACAACAAGCUUAAGCUGAAGGCAAAAUAUUGACAGGACAGGAUGCAGUUCAGCAAAUUUGGCCAGAGUUGCCUGCCCACUCUGGCCCAUCACUUUUUCCAGAAACACGUUGAUCUACGGCUCCAACACAACAACCGUCAGUGAUGAGCUGGAAAAGAGCAGCAGAGAGAGUGAUGAAGAGGAGCUGGCUGCUACUGCCAGAGAGUCGAUGGUGAAGAAUGUAUGUCAUGUGCCAUUAUGUGUCUUAGUGCUUGCCAACAGCCCAUAUGCUAAUUACUGCCGAUUUACACCUCAUUACGUUGAUUUAUAACGAGACUCCAGAAAGUGACUGACUGUGGGUAAAUAUCUCCACUAAAGAGGACGUUACUGUUACUGUGACCAGACCAGUGAGGUCAGGUUAGCGUACGGAAAUGCCAUCAGCUAACCUUUAAAGCUAAACGCGUCGUGCUCGAUGGUUCGUUACAGUCGAAACGUAGCCGUCGUUAUUUAUUUAUUUUCCACAGCAAUUAAUCUAAUGUGGCUAAAUGUUAGCUUUUCCAGGUAAAUAGUUAUAUUAUACACAAACCUGGCUUCAGACUAACAUUAGAUUCAAGCACCAGCAUUUACAAACAACAAGGUAACACUUUUGAAAGUUUUACUAUAAAUAUGGCGUUUUAAUGACACACUAUGGCGACACCUAUAGCAGCAACUUUUGCAACUGUACGAAUGUUUUAACUCAUAAUUUUCACUUCUCCUCUUGUAUUGUUAUCUAUGGUUCCAUUAUUUCUUUUCACAUCCCGGUUCCUCACUCCUCCCUAUAUUUUUUUUCAUACCCGGCAAUCUAACAUUUUUCCCUCCUUUUCAUCUGAUCAUCGCUCAUUUUGGAUCACUUGUUCUUUUUUUGUGGACUAUCACCUUCAACCAGAUUAGAGUCAUUACAUUUUAAAAUUCUCUCUCAUUCUGAGGUUGGUUUAGAGCAGAGAUAUGAGGCUGUUUUUCGGGCAGAUUUCUAAAAUAUUUCCUCACAAUAUUUUUUGGUAAAAGCAUUCCCACCAGUAGAGGUACAUUUCUUAUUCAUUACAUCCAAAGUGUUGCUGUGUCUUAACAGGCACCUCUGCCAAAAGCACAGCCUUGGUUUUCUGGUGGUUGAUCAUUUUAGCACAACACUGACUCUGAGUUGGUUUGAUGCAGCUGGCCGAUACUGAUAUCUCCUCUCCCUCAGCGUGCCGCCGGCUGCAGUCGCCGAGGCGAUAGUGCACCUGUUUACAGAGUGUUACGCAGAGUGAAGUUGAGGAUUUGGGCUUUGGGAUUUGGAUAAAACAUGCUAUAGUUGUUUUUCUCAAUGUUCCAUCCUGAGAUUUUGACCAACAAUGAACCAAUACCGAUCCUGGGUAUCAGAUUGAACCAUCCUUACUGCAGUAUUAAUUUGAGUCUGUGGCAGGUUCGUCUGUCACACUUCCUGUCUGUUUCUCCAGGGUUAAUUAGUUUCAUAACACUCACCUGUGUCAUGUGAUUUUCAUCAGUGUCACUUGUCUCUACUGGUGCCCUGGGUAAAUAUACCAGUGUCCUUCACUCAGUCAUUGUUGUGUUGUCUGUCCCUGCCCUGUGUCCUGCACAGCUGUGCCAUCUUAUUCUCUCUGUCUCUGCCUGGUUCUUGGUUUCAGUGAGUUAGGACUGGAUUACCUGCCUGAUUAAUAACUUAAACUCAUCACUUGGGUCCUGCCUGCAUCCUUGUUCCUCUCAUACCUGACACAGUAGGCUUGAACCUGUGAUGUUUUUGCUGCAUUCCGCUCUGAUAACGUAGUCAAAGUUCAGGGUUAGCUGCAUUAAACCUGCACCACUGUUGUGCGUAAUUGUAACAUUUCUGCUUCUGUUUUUCUUCAUUUUAACCGCAGCCCCUUCUUAAGUAUAUUUGGAAAUUACAGUUGCAGUUUUACUCUUUUGUAAUUACUCCCCAUGGGUGGCGUAUGGGCAGCGUUCUAAAAAGCCAGCUCUCUGGAGAUUAAGUCCUCUCAUGCUUUUGCUAAAUAAAAUAUUCAAGGAUCAUAAUAAGCUGUAGCCAAAUAGUGCCUCCAAAAAGGCAUACUACGCUUAUCUCCAGCCAGCACAUUAAAUAUGUAUUUACUCUAAGAAUAAUGUAGUGGCAACACAAAAUAAACACAUUUACCCGGAGCUAUAAAGCCUGUGGAUCGAUAUAAGCUGUCUGUUUGUUUACUGUCUUGUUUGUACUUCAAAUACUUUCAGGUCAAUCUGGGAGAAGAGAGGAGUAGGAAAAAAAGAUUAAGGUAAUGUGUACGAAAAAAAUAACGGCGUAAAAAGUUACACCUUAUCAUCAAACGGCGUUGCCCUUCGGUCUGGAGGGAUCCAAGUAGCACAAAGCUUCAGGGUUGUUUUUCCUACUCUGGUCUUUUUUGGUGUUGAUGUAGUUUGAGAGUGUGUCAGGUUUUUACUGGUCCUCACUGCUGAGGGUGGUUUGAAGGGCAGUGGUUUUUGUAGUAUUAAAAUGUAGGGCUUCUGUGUAGGCUACUAAAGUUUGCACGUUGUAUAUUAUCGGCGUGUGAAGACGUGAAUUGUGAUUCUGUCGUUAUUGAUCUACAGCUUUAACACAGAGAGAGUGAUGAAGAGGAGCUGGCUGCUACUGCCAGAGAGUCGAUGGUGAAGAAUGUGCAGCAGGAUGUCAGGGACAUUACCUGUGAGUGGACUGCAGCUCCUGCUGCUCCUCCUUCUGCUUCAGACUGCAGUCUGCGGAGGUGAAACUGUGGUGAAUAUGCGUAAAGUAACCCAUCAGACCAUAAGCGAGGAGCUCUCCAAAACAGUCCUGCUCCCCUGUGUCUUUACACUUCGCCCCAGCGCUGGUUCAACUCAUGAACCCCCCAGGAUUAAGUGGACAAAGGUCUGGGGUCAAAGAGGCUCUGACGGCCUGCAGAAGGAACAGUCGGUCCUAGUGGCCAAGGACAAUGUGGUCAAGGUAAAAAAAGCCUACCAAGGCCGGGUGUCACUGCCUGGUUACACCAUGAACCGCUACAACGCCAGUCUGGCUGUAACCGGGCUGCGCACCAGUGACUCUGGUUUGUACCGUUGUGAAGUUGUGGUGGGCAUCAACGACGAGCAGGACACAGUUCCCCUGGUGGUCACAGGUGUGGUAUUUCACUACAGGGCCCCUCACGACCGCUACGCGUUGUCUUUUGUGGAUGCUAAAAGAGUGUGCGUGGAGAACUCGGCGGUCAUCGCAACGCCCAGCCAGCUGCAGGCUGCCUUCGCUGAUGGCUUUGACAACUGCGAUGCUGGAUGGUUGUCCGACCAGACCGUCCGGUAUCCCAUCCAGGUGCCUCGGUCUGGUUGCUAUGGUGAUCGUGAGGACUCACCUGGAGUUCGUAACUAUGGCAAUAGGUCUCCUGAUGAGCUGUUUGAUGUGUACUGCUUCACUAAGGAGCUUGGAGGUGAGGUUUUCCACUCCACAGUACCAGAGAAGCUCAGUCUUGCCACAGCAUCCACCCACUGUCACUCCCUGGGUGCCCAGCUGGCUACUGUUGGGCAGCUCUACCUUGCUUGGCAGGCUGGACUAGACCAGUGUGAUCCUGGCUGGCUGGCAGACGGCAGUGUCCGCUACCCCAUCAACGUCCCCAGAAAGAACUGCGGCGGUGACGAGACGGGAGUGAGAACAGUCUACAACAACCGGAACCGCACCGGCUUCCCUAACACCACGGCCCUGUUUGAUGCCUACUGCUACCGAGCUAAUCAACCAGCUGGGUUCCAGGCUGCGGAGGCUCAAGCCUUAAACCAUGCUUCUGAUCCUGCAGCACAGGAUGUCUCUUUAUUUUCCUCAUCUGAAAAUAGCGCUCCUCUUUCCAAGACCUCCACCUGGACCGGCCUGGUCGACUUGGACAAAGAAGGAGUGAACUCCAUCGCUGGAAUUGGAAACUCCUCAGAGAUUUCGGAGGAGCAUGUCAUCAUUCACUUAAGGNNCCCCAAAGGGCCGGAGAAGAGCAGAAACCAGGAGAGGGAGGUCUCGAGGGGCGGUCGACUCGUUCCAGAAAUUGAUGUUCUCAAGAGCAGUAAUAUUUUGGGUCACUCCGAUACGAAGAGCUUUGGGAGUUACGGAGGUUCUUCUCAGGAGGAAGAAGACGGUGGCUAUUUCAGAUCUGACAGCGCCAGUUUAUUCCCGGGAGAGUCUUCAACGCCUCAACCUGAAUCCACUAACAGUGUGUUGGCUAAGUUUGUGAACACUUUAAUGAACCCUUUUAGGCACUGGACUGGUGGUAAGGAGCAGGAGGAGGAGGAGAGGCUGCACAACAGUCUCUCAGUGCCUGAGAAAAAAGUGGUCGAGAAUCAGACACGGAACGAAGCAUCCGGCAGAAACCAGAGCGAGCCCGGGACCGGCAGAGACAAGGGUAAGGUUGAGAACGCCAUCGUGGAGCAAACGAGUGACCGGCUCUCCUUCAGGACUGCUACUGUUGGACUACAAAAUCCAGAGGAAGGUCUGUACGAGCAGGAGAAGGAGGUGAACUUACCCAUUCCGUUGUUGCCUGCAGUCGAACACACGGGAAAAAGCGCCACCAGCAGCCAAACAGAAGAACAGGCGUCCAGCUCCUCUGCUGCAGCGUCUCUGUCGCAGUUCAACGAGUUCACACCUUCAAGUGUCGAUGAACCCAAGACCAGCGAUCACGCUGGCAAAUCCAGCCCUUGGAGUCCCAGAUUAGGUCCACACAGUGAUCCUGCCCCCAGCAGCAGCUUCCAGUGGGCCAUUAAAUCAAUGUAUUCCUCCAAAGCGGCAUCACUUGGAAACAUGGUCUCUGUAGGUCAACGUCAAACCAUGGAAGCUAACGCUGGGCCCCUGGAGUUGAUGACCCUUCCUACGCCAGUUGAAAAAGAGUACUCUGACAAUUACUCAGGCGAGAGUAGGAACCGCGAUGAAGAAGAUACUGUCACUCUGUCGGCUGCAGUAGUGGUAGAAGAGUCGGAGACGGAGACGGAGGGCAGUGGAGGGGAGAGCAAAUAUCCUGGUGUCUUGGAACAGGAUGUCAACGGCUUGGAGAGCGUUGGUUCGAGAGUCAGUCCUGAAACUGAACCUUCACUUCGCCAUAGCGAGGUUGUUACAGAGGCAGACCACACUUGGCAGCUGGUGGACCAAACAACAGGGUCGUUUCCAAACCCGCAGGAGCAGAAAACGUCAGAGCAGGCAGCGGGAGAAACCAUGGAUGAGCUCUACUACAAACAUCUACACACUGACAAUCUCACCGCUGACUCUUCGCUCAUGUGGGGGGCUACUCCAAGCACAAGCACAGAGGAGAUUGUGGCAUCCACAGCUGAGACCUCCAUGGAGACCCUGACAAUCUCUCAGGUGACUACACCAAGGCUUCUGAUGACCGGUGCAACAAAGACGGCAAAAUCAGCCACAUCGGCAGUCGGCGACGAACAUUCUUCUCAGAGUGUCUUCACAGAGAAGCCAUUUAUGUCUACGUCAUGGGCUCAGGAGGGGAAGGAGGAAACUACGAGUUCACUUGACUUUCAGGACGAAGGUGAAGCUCCUCCUGCACCGACGACAGGAGUUGUUCCGUCGACCACCGACGCCAAAGUCAACACCACAGAAAUCGAAUCCAGGUCGGCAGUAUCUGACUCCUUCGUGCUGGGGAGCUGGUGGACACCUUUCAAAGGCAUGAGACAAAAGACAGAGGACAUCAAAGAGAAGGAGACGGCAGACAACAGGGACACCAACCCAUUCGACAUCUUUGUACCCAACUGGGCAGUUGAUCUCUUCCCAAGAGCUGAGAAUAACCCGUGCCAGACCAACCCCUGUCUCCACGGAGGGAGCUGCCUGGAGGAAGGUGACGGCUAUAGCUGCUACUGUCCUCAGGGCUUCUCUGGGGAAAGCUGCGAGAUAGACAUUGACGACUGCCAAUCCAAUCCCUGCCAGAACGGAGGCACGUGCAUCGACGAGAUCAACUCCUUUGUUUGUCUUUGUCUGCCGAGCUACGGAGGAGCCACGUGUGAGAAAGACACCGAGGGCUGCGAGCACAUGUGGAAGAAGUUCCAUGGCCACUGCUACAGAUACUUCAGCCGCCGACACACUUGGGAGGACGCUGAGAAGGACUGCAGAGAACACAGUGGUCACCUGGCCAGCAUCCACAGCCUGGCUGAGCAGAAGUUCGUCAGAGGCCUAAGCCAUGACAACACUUGGAUUGGUUUAAACGACAGAACGGUGGAGGAUGACUUUCAGUGGACUGACAAGACAGACCUGCAAUAUGAGAACUGGCGUGAAAACCAGCCGGAUAACUUCUUUGCGGGCGGAGAGGACUGUGUGGUGAUGAUCUCCCACGAGAACAGCAAAUGGAACGAUGUACCCUGUAACUACAACCUGCCCUACGUCUGCAAGAAGGGAACAGUGCUCUGCGGGGCCCCUCCCUCUGUGGACAACGCCUUCCUGAUUGGCCGGAGGCGCUCCCAUUACGACAUCCACUCCGUGGCGCGUUACCAGUGCGCCGAUGGUUUCCUGCAACGCCACAUGCCGACUGCAAAGUGUCGCGCUAAUGGAAAGUGGGAGAAACCCAAAAUCAUCUGCAUAAAAUCCCGGCGAGCUCAUCGUUCCCGUCGUCACCACCACAAGGGCAGAAGGGAAUGCAGGAAGCACAAGAGGCACGGUCACAGAGAUGGAGGCCACCACGGGAGAGAGUCUGGUCAGGGCCACAACCACGGCCACUUCUGAACCAAAACAAAAAUAAAUCCUCCAACCCCCCGCUCCCCGUUCUUUUUCUUCUUUUUCUAACCUUAGUUUGUUUAUUUUCUUUCUUUCCCAACAAUACUUUAUGACCCCGCAGCUCAAAACUCUUUAUCAAAGACUCCCCCCACCACUCCCACUCACCCACCCCCUGCACCGUCCUACCCUCUGCCCUGAAGCUGGCUCCGAGUCAGAAUGUAUCAUAGUCCGGUCUGAAGCCCGUCCAAGGGCAGCCUGGCUCCACCAGGACAGAAGUGACGCCCUUUAUACUCUUUUUUGACUUUCUUCUCUCAAUGUUGCCGUCUUAUCUUUACCUCUUUUACUCGACCCACUUGCUCUCCCAUUGAAGCUCCAGCCGUGACCUAAAACACAGGGCUUUAUUGACCUGUUUUUGGGCGAGAAAAAUGUUGACAUCCAGCGCUAACCCACUUUGGAGAAGGGUGAUUUAUACAGUGUGUGUAACGGGAGAAACUGUUGAUGUUGAUUUUGGACUCCGUCUGUCGAACACACACUAGGUUGUUUCCUUCUUUGUGCCGCUGCUUUGAUUUCGCUGUUUUUUCGACACAUAAAUCUUGAAAUGGCGUUCGGCAGCGUCUUGUGUCAGGAUGGCGUGAUGCUGAUUUCCUUUUUUUAUUUCCUGUAAUCUACUGAUAUGUUGUUUAUGUUGAACGUUACAUUCAGUGUGUGGCAGUUUUUAGUUCACACACUAAAUCCCCACAGGAAGAUAAACGGCGUGUUAAAUCUCACUCUACUUUCGUCAUCAAUCCCGUCCAUCUGCUGUUGUGUUAGUCUGUUAAUGUUGGGGUUAAUUUGAAUGUUUGAUGUUGGUUGGUCUCAUCUCACUGCAGCGUCCUCACAUCUCUAAUUAUUUAUGCUGCUGGAAAAACGUGCACUGUGGAUCAAUGAAGACCAUGCAGUAAAGGAAAGUUCUGUGUUUAGCUUCUCGUUUUGAAAUAAUUAGCCUGAUUCUUGGGGACGAUUUAUUUUUGACCGGCGUGACAUACAACAAGCCCAAAAUGUAGAUGUUUGGGCUCCGAACCCAUUAUGAAUUUUGAGGCAAUCGCCUUAAGACAUUUCUUGCACAAAACAACAUUUUUGAGGUCAGGGUAAUUUUUCUUUUUCGUUCAUAUUUUAUAUGGAAAAAUAUGAAGCCCCUCCCACCCCCCUUCCAUUCUCCUGUUGUGCUACCUAAUUCUAGUCUACACAAUCAGUAGAUAUAGAGCUGUUUUAACUCUAGCUGUAGCAUGUUUGUGGCCUGCUGUCGGAACUGACGUCUAACCAGUUACUACUGGAACGGUUACCGAACAUUUUGAUAUUAACGGACGAUGACAAUGUUAUAAAUGAUUCUUUUUCGUG